AUGGCGGACGAUGAAAUCCAGUUCUAUUUUGUUUUUGAAAAUGCGAAGGAGGAUCCCCCUUUCGAAACAAAAGAGGAAAAAGACAUGACAGUCAAAGAAUUUAUGUCCUCGCUCAAUGACCAAUACGCUGCGCUCGGCGAUAUUCUCUCCCCUAAUGAGACCAUAUAUAUUCACACCGAUCAGAAUCGUUCUGUUGCCGGUGGUGGUGUUGCGAAAGGUGGUGAAGCGACUUCUCCCAAUGGGAUAGUCGCUAUUUCCAGGGGAGGUUACGCCGAAGGCGGCUCGAUUAAAGGUAACUCUAUACGUGGCGGAAGAAGUAUUGGAGGUGAUGGAGAAGGCGAGGAAUCAAAGGGUAGAGGUGCCUUUGGUGGUAAUGCCUUCACUAAUGACCCGAAGAAGACAACUCAAGCUGGCCGAGGGACUGCGGGCGAUGCACUGCUGCCCCGACAAGGUUAA